AUGCGCACCCAGAUCCCACCAACAAUGAAGCAGUGGGUUACAGACUACACUGGAAUCGACACACUGAAGCAAGAGGAGGCUCCAGUGCCCAAGCCUGGUGCAGGCGAGGUCCUUGUGAGGAUCAGUGCCGUGUCAUUGAACUUUCGAGACGUUGAAGUCUGCAUGGGAGACUACGAUCACCACGACUCACUACCACCGCCACCCAACGUCGUGCCUUGCUCUGACUUUCUCAACAUUUCUGGAAGGAGACCGGGUAAUGGCAAUAUUCAACCUAACGCAUCUGACGGGUCAGAUCACCGAAGAGCAUCUGCCUUCGGGGCUUGGUCUGCCCCUUCCAGCGUACUCAGCGAGUAUGCGACAUUCCCGCUCUAUGGUCUUGUGAAGGCGCCAGCGAAUCUCAGUGAUGAAGAAGGAAGCACACUACCCAUCGCCGCGGCGACUGCUUGGAUGGCGAUCAAUUGGAUGCAACCUAUUGGUCAACCCUUGCGGGGUGCGGAGCAUAUCGUGCUGUUGCAGGGUACGGGAGGGGUUUCGACUGCAGGCCUUCAGUUGGCGCAUGCUUUGGGUCUGAAAACCAUUGUGACGUCCUCGUCAGGGGACAAGCUGAAGAAGGCAAAGGAACUUGGGGCAGACUACCUCGUCAAUUAUCGCGAAAAAACCGAGUGGCAGGAGGAAGUGAUGAAGUUGACGGACGGCAAAGGCGUAGAUGUCAUUUUCGAGCAGGGAGGUCCAGCGACUCUGGCCAAGAGCUUUGGGUGUGUCAGAUGGGGAGGCUUGAUCUCGUGCAUUGGUUAUCUCAGUGGUAAGCAGGAUGUCGGCGACAAAAUUGUGAAUACCAAUGUGCUGGCGUUGAGGAGGAAUGUCACGCUGAAAGGGAUCUGGAACGGUCCCAAAGACAGGCUCGAAGAGGCGGUCGCAGUCUAUGACAAGCACCGCAUCAAGCCUGUCAUCGACAAGACGUUCGCAUUCAAUGAAGCGAGGGAGGCAUUCAAGUAUGUUGCUGCAGGUAGUCACUUUGGUAAGGUCAUCGUCAAAGUGUGA